AUGGCUGCAGCGGCCCGCCAAAAGGGCGCAGAGCUGGCCCAACUGAUUGCCGCCGUCAAUAAGGCCCACUCUGAACGCGAGCGUCUUCAGCGUGAGGCCGACCUGUUGUUGGAAAAGCAGAAGCAGAUGCUGGUGCGGGAGGCCGAAUCGCUGGAUGCUUUGGAUCACGUGGAUCCUCCCGAAAAAGCGUCAGCCACCGUUUUUAUUGGCAUGGAUGACAAACAACUCGAGGAGAUAUUUGAGUUGUCACCGGGGGCCCUUCUAAACUUCGAAGGCCCCAUCCCGAUUGACCGCCCCUCAUAG